AUGGAGGCACUAGGCGGCGCUGCCAGUGUCAUCACGGUAGCAUCACUUGCAAUCCAAGUCUGCGAAGAACUCAAAAAAGUCCAUGAGUUCUGGCAAUCUGUGAAAGAAGCUCCGGAUGACAUUGCACACGUCUCUACAGAGAUAAACCUUUUCCUGGCCUGGCUUGCCAUAAUCGCAAACAAUUAUCAGCGGCAGGGUCUUAAUCAUAGAAGUCCUAACGAAGUUGCCGCAACCGAUACGCUGAAACUAUGUCUGGCAACGGUCCACGAUAUGAAUGAGGUGGUCAAGGAUGUGGAGAGCGGUUACUCCAGGGGAUCCUUGGCCAGGCGAUGGGCAUCAGUGAAGUUCGUCUUUCGAAAGGACAAGAGGGAAAAGGUUAUGGCACAAAUCGAACGGAUGAAGUCGCUUCUCAUCAUCGUACAGACUUGCUACGUAGCAGACAUGCAAGAGGCAGGCUUCAAGUCCCUGUCACUGAGCUUACGGCCUGAAGAUCCCGCACUGCAAACCACAGACAUUGAGCAAUCUCUUAACAUAACAACUACAGCUUCUGCAAACGAGGAUGGAGUAAUUGAGACUCGGCCGCUACAACCAAUACCAGAAUCGUUGGUUGAACUGGUGUCUUUCAGUCCAACGGCAUCGCCCCAAGCUCCUCGUCGGCCGAAGCAUCGCACGAAGCAGCAAGAGAGAACUUACAACUUUGGACUUGCCAUGCUACGACUCGUGGCCACGGAACAAGAAUCUACUUUUGUCGAAGAGUCUGGAAAUGAGCGAAAGAUACCCUCAAGGAGGAUUCGCUAUGAUCUUCGCCUAGCACAGUGGCUAUUAUCUCGCGGUUUCUCAUGGCAAUCCUUCGGCAAUUACGGCAGCUGGCAGUACAGUUUCCGCACGUUCCGGUAUAUCCCGGAGGACUCACUCAUCGUGGACUUCUGUGUUGAAGGAGAUCUUGCAAAUGUUCAAAGAAUGUUUGACAAAGGGAUGGCAUCACCGUUUGAUCGAGUGGAUAGAGGUUUUUUCGGAGACUGGAGUCUUUUACACUUCGCCAUCGCUAAUUGCCAUACGCAACUGUGUAAAUUCCUAAUCGAAUGUGGUCUAGGGCGCAGUAGUGCGUCUGGUAUUUCAAAGCAUCCCAUACUCUCUUUGAUAGGAGACUGGAGUCAGGAUUUGACGACAUUGGACUCUGCGGCUCAUCUUGAUACUCUAAGGAUCAUGAUCAAUGAAGGGCAGUAUGAUCCCAUGGAAGAAGCCCACGGCACCACUGUGAUGCACUCUUUCAAUGGGUCACCUACGGUCUAUCGAUGGCUUCUCGAUCAGGACGUGUUUAUGAUUGAUCUCAAGCAAAAACAAUAUGGAAGGGGGAAUGUCGCUGCUGCUCUAUCCGCAUCAUUUGAGUCAAAUGCAUCGAAACAUCUAGAAGCGGUGAUUGCAUAUGGGAGCGGUUUGAACGACCUAGUCGCGCCAUAUUCUCUCGGUGACGUAGUUUUGGAACUUGUUCUUCAUCUUCCAGGCAUCGCUGACAAUGUCGAUCUUCCCAAUCGUGUCAAGGUCCUUUGGGACGCUGGCGCUGACUUCCAUACGCUUGAUCACUGGUACCUCAACAAAACAGCGCUUGAAGGCCUUUGCUGGGCUAUCGCCUACACUGUUUUAUCAGCCGGCAGAACCGAGUACAACAAGUAUGGAGUAGACCGACAAUGGAUUCCAUCGCCCUCGCUGAUGUCUACUGAAGACGUCGUUGAAUACGAUCGACUCGAGGAUACUUCGGAUAUCAAGUAUCGACCACGCACAUCGAGAUCGCUGUGGGAAACAUGGUAUCCUGGGGAGAGCCUCUCGAUACUGGAAGUAGCGCAACGCUGGCUGGAUGCCUGGAUGGAGGUUCUUCUCGAAGCUGGGCUUGAUAUUGUCGCGUAUGGCCGGCGAGAAGAAGAAUUGCAUCCGGGAGGAAUAAUCUGUCGCACUCGGGGAGAAGCGCGUCUCGUUUUUGAAUACGGUGACCACGUUAAUGGCUGCAGGAUUCAUGUGACUGAAAUCUGGGUGGGUGGUGUCAACAAGGUAAAGGCCGUGUCCGCUGGAACGUCAACAAUGCCUUGCAGCUGGGACUCUGACGACAAAUGA